GCAUUUUGACGUAAAUCAGCUUUGGCUUGCUCCGAGAUCGUUCUUCUGAUUAGAGUGAAUUGUAAAAAGAAUAUUUUAUGAGUAAUACAACUAGCAUUUGCUACCGGUUACUGAAAGUCUUGGCUUUCUUUUGUUGGCCAAAGAUUUUUAUCUGAGGGGGCGAUUUUAGUCAAUCUGUAUGCAACUGUUACGCGUUGCCUCGACUAUGUCUUACCAAGGAUCACCAUAUUCGGGGCGAGGAGAUGAUUAUGACUUUGAAGACGAUGGGUACGACGACUUGGACGAGUAUAGGGAGCAAGAAGACGUUCUUCCACCGCCUCCAGUUGACGAUAGCGAUGAAGACACAGAAGAAGCCAGUGAAACAGACAUUCCCAAAAAUGAUGAGCCUCUCGAAGUCAAAGAACAGAUGUACCAGGACAAACUUGCAAACCUCAAGAAGCAGCUGCAGCAGCUUGAAGAUGGCAUCCACACAGAGUACUUGCGGAGGGUGAAGCGAUUGGAACACCAGUUACAUGAGAGGCUUCGGCUCAAUAAGAUAUACAAAGAUCAUAUGUUUGAUGUUGUGGAGAGGGAAUAUGCAGCUGAGAAGAAAGCUGCAGCAAAAGAGUUUGAAGAGAAGAAGAUCGAGUUGAGGGAGAAUUUGCUCAAUGAUUUUGAGGACAAGAGGAAGAUGAUAGAAAAUGAAAGGCAUAGUAUGGAGCUCAAUGGAGAUUCUAUGGAGGUGAAACCAGUAAUGAAGCGUAUACUCAGAAGGCGGGCGAAUGAACCCGCCCCAGCUCCAGAGAAGCGACGCAAACCCUUAGCAACUACCCUCACGUAUCAACUGGACGAGCGCGAUGUAGAAUCCGAUCUGCGCGCCAUCUCUCGGCACACGUCGCCAAGACAUCAUUCAACCACACACAGUACGGCGCACAACACGUCCCACAAUACGGCGACGCACAAUCCGCCGACCCACAAUCCUCCUAGAAAACAUCACAAUUCUACUAACAGCUGCGAUUCCCCAAUACGCGAGAGCGGCGACACAGUGGAGACUCGCGUAGAAGACGGCAAGCUUUUAUUCGAGCGACGCUGGUUCCAUCGCGGCCAGAGCGUCUACGUGGAGGGGAGAGACUUAACACGAUUCCCUGGACACAUCCACGCCAUCACCGACGAGGCGAUAUGGGUGAAACGACAGAACUUGGAGCGGUUCAGGAUAUACAUAUCGCAGCUGGCGCGGGGUAAAGUGACGCUGAAGAGGCGAGCCUCUUAAUGGUUAAGUUGCUUCCUGCCUCCUAUUGUAAAUACUAUCUAGAGUAAGUGUUGACGCGCGGAUUUGUUCUGUACACGAUACGAUAUUAGACACCCUAGAUGCAACUUAACGAUAACUGUCCUACUGUCAGUUUCUAUAUAAAUCAAUAUCCAGUUAAAGUUAAGGAUAAUCUGACACCGUUGCUUAGCAACUGUUGUUAUUAUAGUUAAUGUUACGUGUCGGGAUGGGGUUCGAAAUUAUAUGCCAUAAUGUUCUUUUUUUAACACACAAUACUACACUCACUGGACACUAUACAAGUCUUUAAGCAAUUGCACUUGGAUCGCCUUUGUAUUCGUUCCGAAAUCGCUGUUGAAACUCAACUGUUAUCGUUUUGAAAGUCAAAAAACUGCGCAGCGCCGAACGUGCUUAUUAUGCACCAAUCGACCAAUUUCUGAAACGUCCAGUUCAAUUGAGAGUUGGCUUGUUUGUACUUGUAGGCAUUUAAUUAUUACAAAUAAAAAAGAAUUUGCUGCUGUUGAAUUAAUAGACAUGGAUUUGAUACUUGCCCAAAAAAAGACACUACUUACUAUAUGUAUUAUUUCCCAUUUUUCACUGUGCCACGGUAAUAUUAUCUAUACAGUA